AUGAAGGUCGCGUUCCUUUGUGCGAGCAACUCACGUACCAUCCCCCUAUACUCUUGUGCUGACAGCGUGUUAGGGCUGUCUGAACUUGAGGACGAUGAACCGCCCUUGGAUCAGAAACAUCUGAACUUAGUGCAUGAGGAGCUCGAGAAGUUGAACAUCGCAACUGAUGUCAUUAAUAAGCUCGAAGUACAAUUGGACGGCGCAAGAGCUUGUUUUAGGGAAAUCCAAGCUUCAUGGUCUGAAAAGCUGAAAGAAUUAUCGAAGAAGUACAGCACUGCCAUUGCUAAAGCCAGGCCUUACUAUGAGGCGAAAAUUCAAGAAAGAAAAUUGCGCGAUGAAUCACAAAGAGCAGCAAUACGUUUCGAACGUGCCACCUCACUACUAGCUGUAGCGAAGCAACAAGUGGCUCUUACUCAGGACAGCUUGAAUCGUCAGACGACAGUACAUCCAGAAUGCCUUGAGGUGCUCAACCAUCAUAUUCAACGAGUGAAUGAAGCCGAAGAGGAGCGGCUAGCUAGUGGCAAUGAGCAUCGCGCAAUCUCCGAGCGCCUCAUGAAGCUAUCGGAUCAGAUACGCAAAAUGGAAAAGGACCAGAGGUCAUCCAUUAAAAAAUCGCGGACAUAUUUUGACCAAAGGCUCGAGUUCACCCGAGUUUUAGAACGGCAGAAAGAGCUGAUCUUGCGACUCGAGGCUGAGGUUCGGCAAAAGAAAUGCGACUAUACCACGUCGUUACGCAACCUCGAACGCAUUUCCGAUUCAAUUCACGAACAAAGAAGCAUCGGAAGCGGAUCCGCUCGCGAACCGCCUGCGAAUCCCCCACCAUAUCAGCCGACGGCGCCUCCACCGUAUGAGGACGACGACGGCCGUUAUGCGAUUAAUCAAGAAACGGAUGAAGUGAUCGCCCCCGUCUUAUGCUUAAUGCGUGCCAAUGGUUGUGCUGAUUGGCCUCAACGUCCCGCGGGAAUUGGCUCCGGCGUAAUCCUUCUAGCACAGCAACUUAUUGGCGGUGGUGAAAAGAGGGAAUCACCGACAAGUUCUCACGCGAGAAACAGGAAAAUCUUUUUACUUCAUGCCUGGAAAUUGCAUUCACUAGAAAAGGUGCAUCAAGCACCGGUUGUAGCUAUCGAACAUCAUUACCGCAAGGCAUUCCGAAUUCACCAAAGUCACAAAAUAACUUCGGUGUAUUUUUUGUCUGGAGUUUUUGUACUUGCUAACGAUCGAAUUAUAAUGGCUUCAAUCGUCCGCCUAAAUCGUAUUUUACCUAUAUCUGACACAUUGGACAUUCGAUUAAAUACUUUCCGCUGGAUCUCACUCACUUCUGUUUCUCUACCCCGCUUCUCCUUCCGCUGCUUAGUUCCGCAUCUAGAUGCCUAUGGAAACGCAUGCAAUACACAUGAUAUUGAGUGCAUGCUACGGUAUCAUCAUCUAGCGAAUGAGGACAUGGAGAGUGUGGCACGCGACCGGCGGAUAAUUGCGAAGAACCAUUACAUGGCUGUCAGUUCCAAACUCCCAGAAUGA